AUGCGAUUGCCAUUUUGGGCCAUUCUCGCCGGCGCGCCGGCGCUCCUUCCCUCCGUCAGGGCCGGACCCAGCACCGGGCUCCCGGCGCCAUCAUCAGAUUCAUCACCGUCGUCGAAUUCAAGUGCAAGCAUCACCGCCAGGCUGCCAUCAUGCGCAAUUCCUUGCAUUGCCUCUGCUGUUGCGAAUUCGACCUGCUCUCCCGACGACAUCGCAUGCCUUUGCGCCGACGAAACCGUGAAUGAAGAAGGAGCCAUCUGUGUGAAGGCUCGCUGCUCGUUCUCGGAUGGUCUAUCUACGAAAAAUGCCACGCAGACAGCAUGCCACGCGCCAGUCCGAGACAGAGCAGCAGAGUACAACAGCACCUACAUCGCACUCGGGGUCGUCGCCAUUUUCAUCACAACAACACGCCUCGUGUUCAAGCAAUUUUUCCAUCCGGCCAGGGAGCUCGGCUCGGAAGACUGGGCCAUCCUCGGCACCCUGGUCAUCUGCAUCGCGGGCCUGGCCAUCGCCCUCGGUGGCAUGACGGCCAACGGACUCGGCAGAGACGUCUGGACCGUGACCGCCGCCCACAUCUCCCGGUCCAUGCUCUACUUUUACGUCAUGGAGAUUCUGUACCUGGCCGGCACGUCGCUCGUCAAGCUCAGCAUUUCGCUCUUUUACCUGCGCCUCUUUGCCGCGACUGCCGGGCCGGCGGUGCUGCGGGCGACGGUGGCCUUCAACGUCCUAUACGGCUUGAUCUUUGUCACGGGCGCGGUCUUCCAGUGCACCCCCGUUGACUACUACUGGAACCAGUACUUUGACGCGGCAGAGGGCAGCUGCAUCAACAUGAACCUGUUUGGGUGGCUCAAUGCCGCGAUCGGCCUGGCCAUUGACCUUUGGAUGAUUGUCCUCCCCAUGAGCCAGGUGGUUCCCCUGAGGCUGCAUUGGAAGAAGAAGGUCGGCGUGGCCAUUAUGUUUUUCCUUGGAACCUUGUAG